GGAGGCCGCGCUUUGAGACGCUGGGGCCUAGCGCCCGCCGCGGCCGCGCAGGAGGGCCACGGGGCCCGCGCUCCCCCGCCUCUCUCGAGCGCUGCCGCCCCGCCGCGGCUCGCUGCCUCUGCCGCCGGCCGCCAUGGCCUCCGCCGCCCCGGAGAGCGCGGGCUCCGGGCGCAGGCGGCCGCCGCGGCUCCCGGCACUGCGCGGGCUGCGGCUGCUGCUGCUGCUGCUGCUGCUGUCCUUGUGGCUGCCCGGCGGCCGCGCGGCCGGGCCGCCCUCCGCGCCGCUGUCCGAGCUGCACGCGCAGCUCUCGGGCGUGGAGCAGCUGCUGGAGGAGUUCCGCCGGCAGCUGCAGCAGGAACGGCCGCGGGAGGAGCUGGAGCUGGAGCUUCGCGCGGGCGGCGGCCCCCAGGAAGGCUGCCCGGGCCCGGGCGGCGGCGGCUACCGCGCCAUGCCGGACGCCAUCAUCCGCACCAAAGACUCCAUCGCGGCCGGCGCCAGCAUCCUGAGCGCGCCGGCGGCCGUGCGGGACGGGCGGCAGUGCCUGGAGGCCUGCUGCCUCGAGCCGCGCUGCUCCGUGGCCGUGGUGGAGCUGCCCCGGCGGCCCGCGCCUCGGGCCGCCGCGCUCGGCUGCUACCUCUUCAACUGCACCGCCCGCGGCCAGAGCGUCUGCAAGUUCGCACUGCAUCGCGGCUACAGCAGCUACAGCCUCAGCCGCGCCCCAGAGGGCGAGCAGGAAGGCCUGGAAGCUGGCGCCCGGGCCUCGCCUCGGCCGGAAAAAGAUGAGCCUCCAUUUAGCAAGGCUGGGCAGGACGUGGUUUUGCAUCUGCCCACAGACGGAGUGAUUCUGGACGGCCGAGAGAGCACAGAUGACCACGCCAUCAUCCAGUAUGAGUGGACACUGCUGCAGGGUGACCCGUCGGUGGACAUGAAGGUGCCUCAGUCCGGAACCCUGAAGCUGUCCCACCUACAGGAGGGAACGUACACCUUUCAGCUGACGGUGAUGGACACUGCUGGGCAGAGGAGCUCCGACAACGUCUCAGUGACAGUGCUUCCCGUGGCCUUCUCCACAGGAGGAUGCUCGAACGUUUGCUCACGCUACCACUUCUUUUGUGACGAUGGCUGUUGCGUUGACAUCACACUGGCUUGCGAUGGCAUGGAGCAGUGUCCUGAUGGGUCUGAUGAAGCUUUCUGUCAAAAUUUGAGCUUCGAGAGCAAGAUGGUGACCCACACGGCUACGGCACAGCCUAGACCCACCGGACCCAGCAAAGAUGCAGGCAGUGGCUCCUUGCUGGAAAAGUCCCAGAAAGCCACCACCCAAAAACAGCCACCUGCAUCAUCAGCCACGGAGAAGAGGAACCAGGCCACCGUUCUGGGACCAGAGAGCCGCCUCGACCCCGGGAUGCCUGGUGCAGUGCUACCCCUGGCCCUGGGUUUGGCUAUCACUGCUUUGCUGCUUCUCAUGGUUGUUUGUCGACUACGACUGGUGAAACAGAAACUUAAAAAAGCUCGUCCCAUUACAUCUGAGGAAGCUGACUACCUCAUAAAUGGGAUGUAUCUAUAAUAAGUAUAAUUUAAAUAGCUGAGGGCAAGGACAUGUUUCAUUUAUAAUUUAUACAUAUUUUGGGUUCUGGUAUAUAUAACCUCUUCUGUUUUUAACUGAGCUAAGAAAACUACAGAAAACCCUGAAGAUUCUGUAAAUACUAAACCUCUGUUUUUAUUUAUUGAUUUUCCUUGGGAAGUAUGUGAAGUAUUUUGAAAUUUAGAGAGAUGUUCAUACGAUUAAAAAGACUUUUACAAAUCUAAUUCUGAUUUACAUAAGCUGUCCCUAAAAAUAGAAAUUUGUAGUUAGCCAAGGCAGAAAAUUCAGAAUCUCUAAGAGGUGCCUGAGAAUGGCAGUGUUAACUCUUUACUUUCUAGAAGCCAGCUAUCGGCACUUUAUACCACCCCACUUCCCUUGUGCUGUGGUCCUCCCAUUCCUCGCUUUAAGCUUCCAGUACUCUCCUUUUUCUCUUCUCUUCAAAACCUCUUUCUGAGGAUGGAUCUCAAGUGAGUGUACACUUUCAAUGAGAUGUUAUCUAUGGCAGGAAUAUCUAAGUUAUAAACCUAAUGAACACAUCAGUGAGGCCUCAGGGAAGGUGAGUAUCAAUUCUUCCCAAUGCCUGACAUCAUGUCACAUAGGUGGCUGCUUCAUUCUCCCGAAGGAGAAUAACUCAGACUUUGGAUUACAAAUAGCUCUAACAUGGUCAUGGAAGCAGAGAACCUGGCAGGUCAAAAAUUUUAACAGAAACUUAACUGAGGGAAAAAUGAGCAAGGAGGAUGAUUAAUUCUUUUUUAUAUCUGUUCAACACUGCUCGAUGGUCCAGAACACAGCAGCUCAUUUAUAUAGUUACUGGUUUUCAACUUUAGUGUGUGUUGAUGGAAGAAAAAAAAACUGCAUUCAAAUUGAAAAACCGAAUACUGAAUGGAUUUCUGGGUACAGCUUUUGUAAAAGUGUCACAUAGUUUAAGUAUCAAUGGUUCUUCCAUUCAGUGGAGUGAUGCAGUUUUUCCAUUAUUCAUUUAAUGCUUUAAAAUGUUAUAAUAUGAAAAUAAAUCAAAAAAUAAAAUAAAAAAAUAAAAAUAAAAUAAAAUGUUAUAAUAUGCAAACUGCUAAUGCCAGGCUUAUGUAUUCCCAGAGCAUAAAGGAGUUUUGCACAAAUCCAUUUUUACAGAAAACCAGGAUCUAGCUUAGCAUCUUUUACCUUUUAAUCUGUAGGAUUUUAAAGGCAUAUUAUUUCCACCAUUGCCUAGUGCUGGGAUUAUACGCAUUUUAGAAAUUAUUCUACUGAGAGGAACGUAUAAUGUGAUGCUCCUAUUUAUAUAAUAGUUUUUUUUUUACCAUAAGUGGCAAAUCUUUAAAAAUACUUGAAAACCCUCUAGAAAACUAUUUUUAGACUGAAACUGAUGUAGGUUAUUCCUUUAGCAAAGGACUUAAUUUGGGUCAGAGAUAUACGUUAACAAAUGUAUAGUUCUAGGAAAACAAAGAAAUUGAUUAUUUUUAUUUCCUGAGAAACUGAAGGAUUUUGUUUCAUUUUAGAAUUGAGCAAAGAUUUAAAUUUCUCCUUAAGGAGUUUAGAGAAAUGACUGUGUGAAUGAACUUAGGAUGUUUGUAUUCUAUAUGUGAUGCUGUGCAGUUUGUUUUUAUAUAGAAGGAUGUCACCUAUAGCCAUAUCCAAUAAAAUAAAAACUGAUGAGGCAUGCAUCUUUCAGCACAUCUUUUACACAUGGAGAAAUUAAACACAAUUUAGUAUUGCUAUGGUGUUGAAAUACUUGAUAAAAGAUGUCCCAUAUCUAUGUGUACAAUAUUCUUUAAUAAACUGUAUUAUAUUCUUAAGCCUUUCUGACAACUUUUCAUAUAAUCAUAGUUGCUAGUACAGAUGCUCCCUGAUGUACAUUGCUUUGACUUACAUUUUUUUUACUUUAUGAUGGUGCAAAAGUGAUACACAUUCAGUAGAAACCAUACUUAGAAUUCUGAAUUUGGAUUUUUUCCCAGGCUAGCGAUAUAUUGAGAGAGAUACAUCCUCUCUCAUGAUGCUGGACAGUGGCAGUGUAGGUCUUUUUCCCCAGAAAAUAUCCUUUUUACUAUUGGUUUAAAACUGAUACAGUAGUGUUAACAUGGAAAUUUGCAGGCUCUUUGAUCUAUGAGAUAAUUUCUAGGCGAAAUUCUUACAGGAUAAUCACCAAAAAACCUAAAUACAUAGUGCUGGCAAAAGAAAUUACUCAAUGUAAUGCAGUCCUUUAUAGGGCACAGUAAAGUGUUCAGAGCAUGGGAAUUCAAAUACAAAUGUCCUUAGCUGCCCUAGGUCCCUGGAUUGCUGCCUCUUAAAGUAUCCUCAGUAUUGACAUCGCCUGCCCUUUGGACUUAAAAAUUAUUCUGUGGUGCCCGUCCUAUUGGGACACUCCACUCAAGUGAGAAUGAGUUCUUUAGAUCCAGCAGUUCUAGAACUUCCUCUCAUGUAAGGAAAGAAAAAGGAAAGGAAGUGAAGGGAAAGGGAAGAGAAGAACAGAAAAAGGGGGGAAAGAGAAUGAGGAAGAGAGGGCGGGUUUCCCUGGGCUAGUACAGCAAUCUACAGGAAAUACAGCAAGGGAGCUCUUCACAGAGGCCUAGCCCAAACAACACACAGUCAAAAAGGUAAAGCCUGAAGUGGGAAACCAACAACUACUGUUGUAGUAAUGAUAUUAGAAGCAUUAAGCAUAGAGAAAUUAUCAUACUUUUUUUCCUUUUUAUUAUAUUAUAAUACAUAAACACAAACUUCCUUGGGCUCCAUAGGCCAACCAGUUUUCUUCAAGCAGGAUUUUUAGUGGCACUCUUUGAACCACCCUUUCAGGACAACAGGGACAAAAUACUGUCAUCUUCUUGGAAAAUGGUAGGAGAAAUUGAGAAAAGAAACUGAAUCUGAUUAGAACUGGUUUGUUUUACUGAGUAUAGUUCUUUAAGAACACAGUAAGUUGUAGGAAAUGAUUUACACCCUGCAAGAAUUUUACUACUUACCUAAAAUAAGUUACUAGUUUUUUGAACCCCAUUUAGAACAUUUAAAAAAUAACCCGUUUGUUAUUUCAUUUGUAAGACUAGUUUUCAAUUACCAUAGUCACAUGAGUUUAGUUCUGUACCAAACUAUUAGAAAAUUUGUUAACAUUUAGCCGAAAAUCAGAAACACCUGUCUCUCUAAUGAAACAAAAUUAGUUUUUUCUUGCCUGACAAUGAGAUGCCAAGAAUAGCUUCAAAGAAUUCAUGAAUAUUAAGUUAUUAUUUUAAAAUGUUACUGUAUUUUAAAAUAUAUUGAAUUUUUAAGAUGCCUUAGUAUAAGUAGCUUAUAGUCAAUUUAACAGUGAAAUCAACUUUUUUUUUUGAACAAUGAAGAUUUCAAAAAUUAGGGCAAUGGGAUUUUUAAAUAUUUGCAUAAUGUUAAUGAAUAAUUUUAGCCCAAAUGUCACUUUUUAAUACUAGUUGGGAAAGAGUUGAAACCCUCAUUAGAAACUAGAAUUCUUAAUUUAAUUCUUAAUUGAGAGCUAGAUUUGGCUUUAAUAAAAUCAAAUCUGUGGGGACUUCCUAGGUGGCACAGUGGGUAAGAAACUGCCUGCCAAUGCAGGGGACAUGGGUUCAAUCCCUGCCCCAGGAAGAUCCCACAUGCCACAGAGCAACUAAGCCCGUGCGCCACAACUAUUGAGCCUGCGCUCUAGAGCCUGUGAGCCGCAACUACUGAGCCCAUGUGCCGCAGCUACUGAAGCCCAUAUGCCUAGAGCCCAUGCUCUGCAACAAAAGAAACCACCGCAAUGAGAAGCCCAUGCACCACAAUGAAGAGUAGCCCACGCUCGCUGCAACUAGAGAAAGCCCGUGUGCAGCAACAAAGACCCAACACAGCCAAUAAAAUAAAUAUUUAAAAAAAUCAAAUCUGUGAAAAUCACCUUGUUUCAACAGGAUCUCACUAGACUGGAACUUUUAAAAAUAUUUUUAUUGUUAUCCUUCAUAUUAUGUAAAGGAAUCACUUUUUUUAAAUUUUAUUUUUUUAUUUAUAUAUUAUUUUUUUGGGGGGUACACCAAGUUCAAUCAUCUGUUUUUAUACACAUAUCCCCGUAUUCCCUCCCUCCCUCAACUCCCCCCCCCACUCUCCCUUGAGUCCCCCCAACCUCCCCGUCCCAAUCCUCUAAGGCAUCUUCCAUCCUCGAGUUGGACUCCCUUUGUUAUACAACAACUUCCCACUGGCUAUCUAUUUUACAGUUGGUACUAUACAUAUGUCUGUGCUACUCUCUCGCUUCGUCUCAGCUUCCCCUUCACCCCCCGCCACCCCCAAACCUCGAGUUCUCCAGUCCAUUCUCUGCAUCUGCAUCCUUGUUCUUGUCACUGAGUUCAUCAGUACCAUUUUUAGAUUCCGUAUAUGUGAGUUAGCAUACAAUAUUUGUCUUUCUCUGACUUACUUCACUCUCUAUGACAGACUCUAGGUCUAUCCACCUCAUUACAUAUAGCUCCAUCUCAUCCCUUUUUAUAGCUGAGUAAUAUUCCAUUGUAUAUAUAUGCCACAUCUUCUUUAUCCAUUCAUUUGUUGAUGGGUAUUUAGGUUGCUUCCAUGUCUUGGCUAUUGUAAAUAGUGCUGCAAUAAACAUUAUGGUACAUGUUUCUUUUGGGAUUAUGGUUUUCUUUGGGUAUAUGCCCAGAAGUGGGAUUACUGGAUCAUAUGGUAGUUCUAUUUUUAGUUUUUUAAGGAACCUCCAAACUGUUUUCCAUAGUGGCUGUACCAACUUACAUUCCCACCAACAGUGCAGGAGAGUUCCCUUUUCUCCACACCCUCUCCAACAUUUGUUGUUUCCAGAUUUUGUGAUGAUGGCCAUUCUGAUUGGUGUGAGGUGAUACCUCAUUGUGGCUUUGACUUGCAUUUCUCUGAUGAUUAGUGAUGUUGAGCAUCUUUUCAUGUGUUUGUUGGCCAUGUGUAUGUCUUCUUUGGAGAAAUGUCUAUUUAGGUCUUCUGCCCAUGAGUGGAUUGGGUUAUUUGCUUUUUUGGUAUUGAGCUGCAUGAGCUCUGCUUGUAUAUUUUGGAGGUUAAUCCUUUGUCCGUUGUUUCAUAGGCAACUAUUUUUUCCCAUUCUGAGAGUUGCCUUCUAGUCUUGUCUAUGGUUUCUUUCACUGUGCAAAAGCUUUUAAGUUUCAUGAGGUCCCAUUUGUUUAUUCUUGAUUUUAUUUCCAUGAUUCUAGGAGGUGGGUCAAAAAGGAUCUUGCUUUGAUGGGUGUCAUAGAGUGUUCUGCCUACGUUUUCCUCUAGGAGUUUUAUAGUGUCUGGCCUUACAUGUAGGUCUUUAAUCCAUUUGGAGUUUAUUUUUGUGUAUGGUGUUAGGAAGUGUUCUAAUGUCAUUCUUUUACAUGUUGCUGUCCAAUUGUCCCAGCACCACUUAUUGAAGAGGCUGUCUUUUUUCCAUUGUAUAUUCAUGCCUCCUUUGUCAAAGAUAAGGUGCCCAUAUGUGUUUGGGCCUACUUCUGAGUUCUCUAUUCUAUUCCACUAGGAAUCACUUCUAAUAAGGAAAAAUGAAAUGCUAAAAUAUUUUAGAAAUUAUGGAUACUAAAGAUUAAAGAGACAUUUCCUCUCUGACCAAAAUAUAAAUUAAUUCAAUUAUUUUCAAGAGAAAAGUUCAUAGCUAUAGUUAAAAUUCAUUAUUUCCAUCUUAACCCAUUCAUUGAUGCUCUGCAGGGGUCAAACCUGUGCCCCCUGCAGUGGAAGCUCGGAGCCUUAACCACUGGACUGCCAGCGAAGUUCCUAAAAAUUUUAAUCAAAAAGUGUAAAGUCCAAGAGCAAUGCUUGGCAUAGCAUUUGUCUACACCAAACAGAUGCCACUCAGUUUGUCUUAUGAGAUUUAUAAACUGUCUCCUCAACCAGACUGCAAACUCCUUGAGAGUAAGGGCCUUUUUCUACCCCUAAGACCUAACAAAGGGACUUAUAUACAGUAAAAUGUUGACAAUGGCUAGAAAGGAUACAGACUAAUGAAUAAGUUGAAGAAUUAAUAUAGAGUCCUAAGGAAUACUUGACCUUUGAAACUACCACAGAUGACAGAGUCCUGGAUCAAAAGGGUUCAUGGCCUGAGUCCAGAAGCAAUACUAACAACAGCAAACUGAAGCCAGCAAUGAACAACUUUUGGCCACCAACUAAUGUAAGUUUCUUGUGCCUAAGACCUUGCCCAAGAAAAGACACUGGUGAAAACAUGUAUGCAUAAUUUUUUAAAAGCCAUUUUCAAAGAAGUAAUGUUUAAAACUUUAACUUAAGAGGUGGCGGAGAGGUGCCUCAUCUCCUCACUAAAGAUCUGCUUGCCAGAAUCAUACACACUUACACACAGAAGAGAGAAGGAAGGGCUUUGCUGGGAGUGCUAGUUCUGCUAGCUCUAGAGCUUAUAUUUCUUCAAGUCCUAGGACCCUUAGAAAAACUAAGAUCUUACUAUAAAAGUAUAAAAUCACAGCAUUUAAGCAAGAUCCCAAUGUGUUAUUGCCUUCUUAGAAACUCAUUUUACAGUCAUUAUAUUAAUAAAUCUAUUUAUAGGUAAUAGAUAGGUUUUGGUAAAUUUAUCCUCAACCCUGUUCUUUCUUGACGUUAAGUCCAUUCAUUCAUUCAUUCAUUCAGCAUUUACUGUAUAUCUACAAGAGGCCCUGUGUUAGGCAAAGAAAAAUAGUAAAUGAGGUGCAGUUCUUGUCCUCGAGAAACGUAGUCACAUUCCUCAAAUGUACAGUUAGAUUAAUGCUCUUAACCUACUCAGAUUUCACAA